AUGUCGUCGCGACCCUCAACUCCGCCUGCUCGGGCGGGGGACACCGAUGCAAAUUCACCUUUGACUCCAGAACAGGUGCGGAGAAUCGAGAUCAACCGUCUCCGGGCAAAGGCACUUCGAGAACAACGAGAAGCAGAAGCAGCUACGGCAGCCAGUCUCCAGAGACCAGGGAAUUCGGUCGCCGGCCAAAAACGAACCUUUGACACCUUCUCUGGAGGGCCGGCAACAAUUCGAGAUGCGAGGACGGAUGCAAAUCCAGGCCGCCCUCUCGAAGCUAUCCGGCCGGCGCGAAAUUUCGCAAAAUAUGUCGAAUAUGAUUUUAGUAAGAUGACAGAUACCAAGGGUGGGUUCUUGACUGCAGACGAUGACCCUCAUAAUAAAGCCAUGCAUGCCGACGAGCAGGACGGUAAACCCUCACAUAUGACUCAAAAGGAAUGGGAAAGAGAGCAACUUUUGAAAUCUUUGCGAAAUCAAAAGGCAGGCCCAUUUGAACCCGGAAUCAGUGCUAUCAAAGAUCAGACCACCAAAUCAUGUCGAGAAUGUGGCACUCGAGAAAUCGACUGGAAAUGGCUCGACGUGUUCGACAUUUCUGUUUGUAAUGCCUGCAAAGACAAAUUUCCAGAAAAGUACAGUCUGCUCACCAAGACGGAGGCUAAGGAGGAUUAUCUGCUUACCGACCCCGAAUUAAAGGAUGAAAGACUUCUUCCUCAUCUCGAAAGACCGAACCCACAUAAGUCGACCUGGCACAAUAUGUUUCUCUAUCUGCGAUGUCAAGUGGAAGACUAUGCCUUUUCGGAAAAGCGAUGGGGUUCGGCAGAAGCGUUGGACGCUGAAUUUGAAAGGAGAGAGGCAGAGAAAAAGAAACGAAAAGAGAACAAGUUUCAAUCGAAACUGGCCGAUCUGAAAAAGCGGACGAGAGUGGAAGCAUACCAACGAAGCCGAAAUGGUGGGGGCGGAAAUUUUGGUGAUGACCUAGGGGAUGGGAAACACGCUCAUGAAUUUGGUCGACCCAUUGAUAACCCAGAGACUGGAAUGCCAGUGAAGAAGUGUAUGAUAUGUGGACUGGAGGUGGAAGAACUAGAUUUGUAG